AUGAAUUGGAAGGAUGUGUUUCUGCAAUGUGUACAGCCCAUGCUUGCAGUUGUCUUACUUUUGAGAUUUUCCAGUAUUGUUGAUGAAGCAGGAUUUCCCACCACACUCAUGAUGGUCUUUUUCACGUUUCUCAUCACUUUCGUGACCGGAUGGUCUUCAUGUACAGUAGUCUCCAGAAAAAGUUCGGAAGUUGGAUUUGUUAAGACGAUGCUCGCCUACUCGAACACCGAAUUCGCCCUCUCCUUCUCAAUAGUGUAUCUAAUAUGUCUUCUCACCGCCACCAGCACAUUUUUGACCUCCGCCGCUGAAGCCGUCCUACAUAUCUUCUCCACGUUCUCUCUGGAAUUGUUGGAUGGUGCCACUCAUGACCUUCGUUUGGUUUCUUCAGUCCUCUCUCUCAUCACCCUUGGCCUCUGUCUCGUCCGGAACCGUAACGCCCGUUAUGUCCGUACCUUCAUAUUUGCGCUCACCUGCAUCGCCAUUGCCCUCCAUCUCUCUUCAGUGAUGUUCCGUUAUGGAGAGUACAAAAUGCAUCGAGUCUCCGAUAGAAAUGCAAUGAUCCCAUCGCCACCCAGUGACGAAAUCAACACCGUCUUCUCCCAGUUGUUCCCAGCUGGAAUGUGUGGCUUGACGAUUCUGAAUAUCGGAUCGAAACUCCAAAAUAGUGCUCCACGCGGAGCAUUUGUUGCGAUCACAGUUAGUGCAGGGUUCUACGGUGCUGCUACAAUACUCGAUUAUAUGGAGUUUUUUGCGAGAACCUCGCAUUCCAACAGCACACAGACAACGGAGUAUAAUGAGUUCCUCUCCUACAUCUACACUACCGUACCAAUGGCUAUUGUUGUCACUCUGGCAUGUGUCCUCUCGGCUGUAACCACUUUGAAAUACUGUUCUGUCAUUCUUCAAUCCUUAAGUAGAUCAAAUCAAUGCCGCUGCUUUUUAUGGUUGGCCAAGGGAUACAGUAAACGCGAUAUUCCGAUUCGUUGUCUAUUUAUUCUUUCGACAAUUCAGAUAUUGAUUUCCGCGAUAGGAUCCUACGACAUCCUGUGCAUCCCAUUUACAGUAUUCUACCUAUUCGCUUACGCGCUCUUCAAUUUCUACGUGUUCCUAGUAAAGUUAUCCGACCCAGAAAUCCCAUCGCCGCCAACACUCGUCUCACUGAGUAUCGCCGCUGUCUGCUUCCUCGCCUCGAUCUACACAAAUCGACACUUGGCACUGUUCAUCGCUCUCAUAUUUGGCAUUUCCUAUUGUUCCUUGUUGUAUAUAUUGAGAAGAGAAAGCAACGACGACGGUGAGGAGUGUGCCAAGUCAAUGUACCCGACAGUUCUGGAACAAAUGCAUGAAUUACAACAGGAACCCGACUCCCGCCGUCACUAUCACCCACAGAUUCUGCUGCUAUCCGGUAGUCCAGCAGCGAGACCGGGUCUCGUCGAUUUCGCUCAUUCGAUCACUCGCGGAAAGUCUCUUCUCAUUUGUGGUUAUAUUAUUCCGCAAGAUCCGUGCUCCAGAAGCUACCUGCUCCAACUGAAAAUCGACAAACAAAUCAAUGAUUGGUUGAGAGCAAGAGAAGUGAACGCAUUCGGUGCGGCGAUUUGUUGCAAGAAACAAGCAACUGGUGCCAAUAUUUUGUUGCAGACCGCAGGUCUCGGCCGUCUCCGUCCGAAUAUUCUAAUGGUCGGAUUUAAGACAGGAUGGGAGAAACAGAGUAAAGAAACGAUAUCUGAAUAUUUCCAAAUGUUAUCAAAUGCAUUCGACAAACAAGUCGGAUUGAUUGUAUUCCGAAACGAGAUAACUGGAUUCGAUGUGACGUCAUCGAUACGCAAAAAUGGUGCGCCGAUCAAUGAUGAUGAGGAUUUGGCGGAGUAUGUUGAUAGUGCCACUCCAAAAUUGGCGGAUCAGACGAGUCAGAAGAAGGAGGUUCCAGCGCCACGUGGAAAACUGUUGAACACAUUCCGAAAGAUGUCGAUGGCUGUGAAUAAGGAUCUCGAAAGCGGUGGCCGCCGAUCCACCAGUUCCAGCAACCGAUUCCAAGUUAUCGAUAAACAUAGCAUCUCCGAACCCGACCAGAAAAUUAUAAUGCAACAAAUGUAUCGGUUCAGAAAAAGGAUUGCGAAUGCGAGGAUUGACGUCUUCUGGCUGCGUGAGGCCGGCGGGCUCACCAUGCUCGUCCCUUAUCUGCUGACUCACGCCGGAAGCUUCCUGGAGGGAGCACAUAUUCGGGUAUUCACAAAGACAGAUGGAAAGGAUAAUAAGAAGAUAAACGAAGAGCAGAAAACUAUGGCAGGAAUCCUUCGAAAAUUCCAUAUCGACUCUUCUGAUCUACAUAUACUACCGGAAUUUGCCAAGCCACCGUGCAAGCAAACUUACGAUGACUUCAAAGACAAAGUCGAGAAAUAUCGGAUCGAGACGAAUCGAAAUAGCACAACAAAAGCGGAGGGCACUUUCGACAAUGACGAUCUGUUCAACCUCCGCGAGAAGACUCGAAGCUUUUUGCGUGCUUCGGAGCUCAUUCGGGAGCACAGUUCGGAUGCAGAUCUUAUUGUUUGCACCCUCCCGUCGGCUCGUGCUGAAAUCCCGUCUCCCAUCUAUAUGGGAUGGAUCGAUAUGUUGUCGAAACAAAUUCCGCCGACGUGUUUGGUACGUGGAAAUCAAGUGUCGAUGAGUGCACUCAAUUUGAAGUUCCCUUAG